AUGUUUUUCUUUCUUUCCUUCUUUAUUUCUUUCUUUGCUUCUUCUUUGUUUAUGUCAUCUUUUUCCCUUUUGUCUUUGUUUCUUUCUUUUUUAUCAUAUUCUUUCUUUCUUGCUUGUUUUUUUUUCUUCUUAAGUUAUUUCUUUCUUUCUUUUAUUGAUUCUUUUUUCUUUGUUUCAUUUUAUUCUUUCUGCUACCUUUCUUUUUUCUUCCGUUUCCUUUUGUUUUCUUUUUGUUUUUGUCUUUCUUUAUUUAACUUUUUUUAUUCUUUGUGUUUUCUUUUUCUAUCGCCACCUCUUGUGAUUUUCAUUUUUGUGUUCUUACAUUUUCCCUCUUUCUGUCCUUCUCUUUUUGCACCCUUUCUUUCGUUUUCUGUCUUUCUUUUCUUCUUUUUUUGCACCUUUUCUUUUCUUUUUGUUCAUUCUUUAGUUUUCUUUUUCUUUCUUUCUUUCUUUCAGUUAUUUCUCUUUUUGUAUGUUUACUUUUGUGUUCUUUCAUUCUUCGGAUUUCUUUCUUUCUUUUUUCUUUCUUUCGUUGCCUUUCGUUAUUUCUCUUUUUCUAAUCCUCUUUUCCUUUUCUUUCAUUCCUUGGUUUUCUUUCUUUCGUUACUUCUUUUCGCACCUUUUCUCUCUUUUUCAUUUCUUUUAUUUUAUCUAUAUUUCUUUCGUUCCCUUUCGUUAUUUAUAUCUUUGUAUUCUUUAUUUCGUUUUAAUUCAUUCAUUUGUUUUGUUUGUUUGUUUUUUUGUUCCUUCCUUCCUUCCUUCCUUCCUUUCUUUCUUUUUUCAUCGACUUUAAUAUAUCGUCUGAAUUUAGCCUGGAAACAUUUCCUUCCCAGAAAAUUAUGUUCAAUGUUAAACGUAAUAUAUUAUCUAUCUAUCUAUCUAUCUAUCUCUAUCUAUCUAUCUAUCUAUCUAUCUAUCUAUCUAAAUAACCGCAUAAAGGAUACCAUGUCUCGUCCCUAUCUUUCUAAAUGUGUUCUUGUCUAUCUAUCUAUCUAUCUAUCUAUGGGAUAA